AUGCAAUACGCUCGCAUCGGCUUGCUAACUUCGAUUCUUGGUCUCAUCGUGGCUAUCGCUCUGUUUCCUUUCUCUGCACCUCUGCUUCGCUGGGCCAGGACGAUCACAAGAGGUGUUCCUGCAUCAUCACUAAACAGCACUUCAACCAUCACCACAAGCAAACUGCACUCAAAACUCUACUCGACAAUGCCUCGCACACCAGUCUACUUCCUCUCGCACGGCGGACCAAACAUCAUGGAAGACUAUAGUCAUCCAGCCUACUCCAAACUCCAAGAAAUCGGCAAAGAGAUUACAGAGAAGGUAAAGCCAAAAGCAGUAGUCGUGUUUUCAGCACACUGGCAGGCAUCACCAAACACCAUCGAAGUGAACACGGCAGAGCUCACAGACCUGAUUUACGACUACUAUGGCUUCCCAGACCACUACUACAAAAUCAAAUAUCCAAACAUUGGCAGCAAAGACAUUGCUUCUCGCGUUUUGGCCGCGUUGAAGACGUCGAAUAUCGAUGCAAAGGGUGUUUCUAGAGGUCUGGAUCAUGGCGUUUUUGCACCUUUCACAGUCGCCUUCAACCCUAAGACCAACCCUUUGAAUGUGCCGUUGGUGCAAGUGUCACUCUUUGAUAGCGACGACGCAGAUCAGCAUUACAGGCUUGGUGAAGCAAUGCAAGGCCUGAGAGAGGAGGGUAUUCUGGUGAUUGUGAGUGGUAUGGCUGUGCAUAAUCUGAGGGAUAUGUGGAAGGCUAUGCAGCAACCAGCUCCCAUGCCAUACAGCAUCAGCUUUGAUGCUGCGUUGAAGGAGGCCGUUGAACAAAAGGAGGCGAUGGCGGGUUUGUUGCGCAGAAGUGAUGCCAGAAGAGCGCACCCAUCUUUCGAACACUUGCUGCCUAUCCACAUUGGCGCAGGAGCUGCUGGUAGCGAUGAUGGAAAGCAGCUCUGGACUCUACCUCAAGGCAGCAUGUCUUGGGCCCAAUUCAGAUUUGGAGAAGUUGGCAAUGUUACUGCUUGA